AUGGAUCCAGACGAGCCCUACAAGCGCGUCAAGAGAGAGGAAGGCGAGGUAGAAGAGUGUCUUGAUCUCAUAUCCUACAAUUUGCGUCAAGGGGAUGUGACUCUUCAAGAAGCCUUGAUUGAAUUGAAGGAAAGGAUGUCUGGUCUCAUCCUCUCAAUGGGUCUUUCAGACUUCAUCAUAAACCCCAAUUCAACCUUACACAAACUGUCAAAGGAGGCAGAGCAGCUUUGGGAGUUCCAAUGCUCUGAGACCCAUAUAGUGGGAUUCAUUGGAGAUUCUGGCGCUGGCAAAAGCUCAGUCAUCAACUCAUUGCUCGAUCAAACUGAACUUACACGAUCGAACGGAGAUGGGGCUGCUUGCACUUCGGUAGUUACAGAGUUCCGAAGCACCGAUAUUACUCAUCCCGAUCCAUACACAAUCGAGAUCGAGUUCAUGGAAUCGGAAGAGAUCAAAGAGUUACUGGAGGAGUUGCUUCGAAACUUCCAUGCCUUCCACUGUCCUUCAAUUUAUUCCCAAGUCCCCUCCGACGGACGAGAAAAUGUAAAGCUCGCAGCUGAACGUGCCUGGCAGACACUGGAAUCACUUUUCUAUUACAGAGAAGAGUUGACUUAUGAGUUCCUGAGUGAAGACAAUGAGGAGUCUGAGGACAAGUCUGAGAAAAUAUGGGAUGCCAUUAUCAAGACGCUAGAAACGUGGACCAAUGAGGCAUUGGCUCAACGAUCAGAUCAAAUACAGGGUCUUGUUAUGGCGGUGACUACCGAUGGCUUACAAGGCUGCAGGGAUUAUCUGGACUAUUUGAUGGCCAGUUCACAUGAGAAUGGGGAUCUUGUUCUGUGGCCUUUCAUUAACCUUAUACGUGUCUAUAUACAGUCCCCUGUCUUACAGGGAGGCUUGGUCGUAGCUGACCUACCUGGAUUCCGCGAUAUGAACUUUGCCAGAGUUCGAGCGACAGAAAGAUAUCUAUUCCAUCAGUGCGAUGGAGUUUUCAACGUCUCAGACAUCAGUCGCUGCGUCACUGAUCAGUCGAUCACGGAGAUUAGAAGCAGAUGCUCAAUGAAGCCACAGCAGAUCGAAAUCAUCCCAGAAGAGGCAGCCCGCGGGCAGACAGAAAUAAGAGACAUUCAAUGCCAGAUCAGAGCUACAAAAAUCAGUAUAAAAAGAGCUCCUUCUACAAGCGACAGGUCACAGUUUGCGAUUGAACAGACAGAGUUGACAGCAAAGCUUGAAGAGCUGGAACUUCAACGCACUGAAUAUCUUGUCAAUCAUCGAAAUGCCCGCGUGGAAACUCAACUCAAGAAAAAGCAUAACGAUAUAGGGGUCUUCUGUCUACUUCCAGCAGCUAGCCAGCUCCGUCAUUUGACAGAAUAUCUGCAGAAUCAGGUUCCGGCUCUCCUGGGCUCAAUCUGCCAAUGGACACUGGCUGGCUCUGAUGUUGUCGCACAAGAGCAAGCUACUGCGCUCCAGAGAUCGCUGGAUGAGGUGGAAAAAGCUUUUCGUCAGUGGCACUAUGCCACCUAUGCUGCAUUUUGCCGUGCCAAUGGGACCUACAGAAAGAAAAAUCAGGGCCGGGAGGAACAACAUUGCUGGAAUACGGACCUUACCGCUGGUCCGCGGCAAAACUUGGAGCCAAGAAUGGACAAAGUUAUCUCUCGGCUCAAUUCCAAAAAGGAAACUCUCAAUGAGGAGAUCUCGAAAGUUUUGGACGAGGGGUGCAUCGUGCUUCAAAACCACAAAGACGAUGCACCCAUUUCCAUUGGGAAUAUGAUUCCCAUUAUUAAAACAAGAAAGGUGACUCUCACGCAGCAUGUUGACAGGGCCCUGACCAAAAUGAUUAAGAACAUAGAAAUGCUAUCCAUGGAUAUGUUUGAAGGUCAUGCAAGCUCUUUCAUGGAGAGCGCCAUGCGUCCUGCGUAUCUAAAAUGCGCCAGCAAAGUAGGACGCGGAAGCCAUAAUAAACGGCAAAAAGCUAUGCAGAAACACCCCAGAAGUUCGGAAAUCUUUGAAACGUAUGAGGAGCUUACAAAGAGAGCUUAUCAGAAUGCAUUAAAGAAGCACUUCGAAUUUUGGAGUUUGCAUUUUUCUCGACAGAUUGACGGCAUCAUACGAGAUUUGAGCACAAUCGUGGUGGAGAAAGAAAAAAAGUCCGAGGCCGAGCAGAACAUACAACUGACAGAUGAGAUAAUCAUUAAGGUUGAGGAUGCAAAGAGAGCUCUUGAAGUUGCACAGAGAGCCCUUGAGCAGGAAACAAAUUGUGACCAGGAACUGGGAUUAAUUACAUGGUGUGUUUCAGAAUAG